CUCAGGUGCUGGGUCUGUCUAAACCUUCCAACUCCCUAACGGAAAACACUAUCUCAUAUCUCUCCCUUAAAUUCAUCUCUUGGGGGCCCUUUCCCUCUUAAUUUGUCUUCAGUUCUUUCCUUCCUUAAUUCCUUUCUUGCAGUACUCAUGAUCCAGCCUUCUCAGCUAGCUAAUAUAUAUCUAUGCUUAAUUACGUAUUGUGAUCUUGUUUUUCUCGAGAAGAAGAACAAGCAAAAGGGUACUUGAAAUUAGAGGAAUAAUCUCGAUCGUCAUCCUUGAGUUAGCUACUAGCUAGCUAGGGUUUUGAUCAUCGAUCCGCCCUGCUGUUUCUUUUUGGUGGUAUUUAUUCAUUUUUAUUGGAAGAUAUAGAUCAUAAGAUCAUGUGCACCAGGGGCCACUGGAGGCCUGCUGAAGAUGAGAAACUCCGGGAGUUGGUGGAACGCUAUGGACCCCACAACUGGAACGCCAUAGCAGAAAAGCUUCAAGGGAGAUCAGGGAAGAGCUGUAGAUUGAGAUGGUUCAAUCAGCUGGACCCAAGAAUCAAUAGAAGCCCUUUUACAGAAGAUGAAGAAGAGCGGCUUUUGGCUUCCCACAGGAUCCAUGGAAAUAGAUGGGCUGUAAUCGCAAGACUAUUCCCUGGUCGCACUGAUAAUGCAGUGAAGAACCAUUGGCAUGUUAUCAUGGCACGAAGAUGCAGAGAAAGAUCUAAGCUUUAUGCAAAAAGGGCCGCUCAGACUUUAAUGAUCGAGCAAAAAUCUUCUUUAAAGCAAGAAGCCGUACAGAUCAAGAGCUGUGACACAAGAAACCUUUCGCCCUAUAAUUUUGAGAAAUACCGUGAAAUUAGAUAUGAGUACCCUUUCACAAAUUACACACGUCCCCAAUAUCCCAAAGAGUGGUUUUCUCAAGAUCGAAGUCCUUGUAUCACUAUGCUUGAAGAUAAAAGGCAGACGAUUGAGUUUUAUGAUUUUCUGCAAGUAAAUACGGAGUCGAAUGGAAGUGAAGUGAUAGACAAUGCAAGAACUAGAGAUGAUGAGGAGGUAAACCAGCUAGAAGCUGCUGCGGAUCAGGAACAACAGCAGAGCAAGGCUGUAGGUGUUCCAUUCAUAGAUUUCUUGGCUGUUAAUGGAAGCUAGGUAGCUGAUCAUCUUAGUAUGCAUAUAUAUAUGGUUAUAGUGUCUGAAUCAUGAUCAUUUUCAUCAUCAUCAGAUCAAUCGGAAACGACACAUACUGUAAAGGAAUCAUCACUUACAUAUAUAUGUACGUAUCGAGCCUAACUAAUUACUACGUACCUCACCCUGCAGGAUGCAUGUAUGUUGCUACUGCAUUCAGAGAGAUUACAUUUAAAGGCCGUGAUCUGAUCAUGAUCUCGCGCGUGUACG